AUGUAGCAAACAGAAGAAGUCAAAAGUCGGUCGUCGACAAAGAAGAGCCGCCAUUGAAUGGCUCUUUUUUAACAGUUCGAUCUGAACAAAAUUGAGGCUUUGGCUGAUGUUUUGAUGAGAACAAUGACUCGUAAAAGGAGUUUCGUUUGGGAUUACUUUAAAGACAUGUCUAACGAAUUGGCUAUGUGCCUCUUGUGUAGAAUUGUGUUGAUCAAAAACGAAAAAGGAAGCACCACAAGAUUGUUGAGGCAUCUACGGAGUCAACAUUCAGCCGAGGCUGCCAAAGCAGCUAAAGGAGAAGGCCGGAGAAGGCCGUUUGUCCCAAACACCGAACAACAGCCCAUGGAAAUUGACGACGCACAAGUGGAGGUGGAGCUUGAGGAGGGAGAGUCCGACGUCAUUGCCCCUGCAAAACAAGCUGAAAUUGAUUCUGCACUAAAGGGUAUCCUUGUAGAUGUACAGGAAGGUGAGCCUAUUGAGGAAAGCCUGGCAGAAUCAGACAAAGUGAUGGUCCAAGCAGCGCUCCCAUCAAGUGGUAAAUCCAAAUAUAACAGCUUAAUAUGGGAACAUUUUAAGCAUUUGGCUGAGUUGAAAGCUGCAAAGUGUUUGAUUUGCAAGAAGAUCAUCAAAUGCCCCCAGGACAAGAGCAGCAACUUGUUCCGACACAUGUCAGAGAGCCACCCAGAGGUGAAUCUGAAAGCAGACAAAACUGUGAAUGAAGCCAACGUCGAUUCCGAUGUGGAUGUUAACCCCAUGGCGAACGGGGUAGAAUUUAUGGAAGAAAAACGGGAUAAAGAAAAAGUCCAAGUUGAAAAUCCGCUCCAUUCAAAGAAUACAUGCCAACGUCGCAGCUCCAUCUGGAAACAUUUUCGAAUUCUGGACAAUUUGGAUGGUGCUCAAUGUUUGAUUUGCAAAAAGAAGCUUAAGUGCCCGGAUGGCAAGACCAGCAACCUGCAUCGACACAUGGCAAAGAGACACCCAGAGGUGCACCGGUCAGGGGGCAAGGCACCCGAGCAAACAACACCUAAUUCAUCCUCGCACACUUCCAAUGUUGAUCUGGAGACCUGUCCGACAGAAGUAACGGACAAUGGAGCAAUUUCAGAUGUGCUCAAGGUUUCAAGGGUAACUGCAGCAGAGAGACGUAUUUACAGAAGGGAGCGGGAGUUGAUUGAAGCUUUGAGGAGGACGCAGAAGGAGGAGGCAAAGGCUCUGGAACAUCAGAAGGAGCUCAUCGAAAGUUUGCGGGCAGUCAACGCCAGAGAGGCCGCCGCGGAGAAAAAGGAAAUCGAGUCCCUCAGGAAAGCGCAGCAGGAGGAAGCCAAAGACUUAAUGAGACAGAGAGAAGAGUUAGAGACACAAAGGGCUGAGCAGCGGACGAAAUGGGAGGAGCUGGAGCAGGAACGAAAUCGGUUGCUCUUGCUUUCCAACGAACCUAAACAUUAAACCUUGGUUUCCCACCAAAAAUAAGCAGUUUUUUUUCCUUUAAACGUACCAUUGUGUACAACUGCAAGCCCUUGAUAAUGAUAACAUACUACUCACAAAAGGCUCUAUAUUCAGAUUUUGGGUACAGUGGUGGGUCGUGCCUCGUGCAUUUUACAUCUAGGCCUUCAGUGAUGUCCCACUUAGUCUGAUUUGAAUAAAUCACCCCCAUAAUACCAUCAUUUAUUACAGGACAAAUUAAGAAAUAAUAUUCAGGAACACACCUGUGCACUACUGGCAUCUCCUCAUUUGUAAAAAUCUUGCAUCAGCAACUUAAACGUAUCACUAUGCGUCGUAAAGCCAACCUGCAUCAAAUAACCCGAAAUCAUCAUCAUAUAUUUAUGUCAGGCCGUCAGAGCAGGCUUUGCUGGCCCUGACAGUACACCUAGGCUUGCCACCCGUCCCUUGAAAUACGGAAUUGUUCCGUAAUUGGGAAUUAAAAGUUGCGUUCCGUAUUGAACCAACACGGAACUCAGUUUAUUCCGUAUUUCACAAUUGUCCCAUGGGGCGACCCGCGGCUCCGGCGGCGCGCCCAGCCCAUGCAGGUCUGGCACAGACAAACACACACCUGCGCUCAUGAGUGAACACUGAGCCAACAAUAAUGAACGAAAACGGCAGGAGAUAUUAAAGACAGCAAGAUAGUUAUCUGCCUGCCCGCUGCUGUCUGCCCUGCACUGCACUCCACUUCCGGGUUCGUUGCCUAGUUACAUCGCUCGCUUUGCUCAGUGCACCGCCCCACGCAUUUUCAAAACAAAGAUGUCUUCAACACCAGACGCUAGGGACACCCCACCUCAUCCUCAAAAGAGGAAACGUCUACAAAAAAUAGACUGGAGUGGGAAGACUCGGGUAACCCGUGGCUCGAUAGAGUCACUGAUGAUGAUUAUAAAGCGAACUGCAAGGCAGGCAGGAAAGUUUUUGCACUGUCUCACGGAGGUGUAAAACAGCAUGCUGGAGGGGACCUCGACAAACGGAAUAUAAGAUCCCAGAAGAGCCUUCGUCACAAUUCUUUGUACCUGAAACAUCCCCUGAGCUUGAUUUGGUAUGUUAUUAUGCUCUUGUAUAUGGAUAACAUAUAGGCUAUAUUUAUAUUUACCCUCAUACAUCUUGCAUUGAUGGGAGCAUAGCUAGGCUAUUUCAGUUGCUACUAUGGUUAAUUAUUUUCAGGAAUGUUUUUUUUUU